UAGAAGUCUCCUUAGUGGCUCACGGCCAUUAUCUCAUUGGUAGAAGAAGAAGAAGAAGUCUCCGUAUGCCCGCCAUAGUCUCCGAUAGCGAUCCUGUUAUGGUCCCUCACCAACCAAGUAAAGAUGAUACAGAGCCUCAUCAUGAUCCAAGAGCACCGUCAACCCAAGACAACAGUGAUAAUCCCGGCGCCGACAACGACACCUACAAACGCGUUUCGGCGAGAGUUGCCGCCGUGUCGUUGCUGUUAGCAGUCGUCAUCGGAGGAGCUUUGCUGCUGCUGUUCUACACCUCCAUGAGCGUUAGCCACGAAGCACUAACGACCUGCUCUUCGCCAGAAUGUGCCGAUGCCCGCAUUUACAUUGAAGCCAUUAUCAAUCCAAAUGUUGACCCUUGCCAGGACUUCCACACUCACGUCUGCGCCAAAUGGCUCCAGAGGCAUGCCAGAGAGGGCUUCCUUAAAGACGCCCUUUCUCAUUUCCUCGUCAGACUCCACGACACAAUUCAACGCCUCGCUGCGGCACCAGAACCACAGUCAGUCUUCACGCGAUCUGUAACUUCCCUUUACAACAGCUGUCGCACUUUUCUAUCUGCCAACACUUCAGUACAAGAUGUCACACGUUCCGCAUUGAGCACUCUCGAUGUCUCCAGAAUUUCUUCAUGCUCAACUUUAGAGGAAGUACUCGAGGCCAUCCUGCAGCUUUCCCUCACGGACGGCGUUGCUUCUGCGCUCGAGAUUCGGUUCAGAAAGGCCCUUAACAACACAUUUUUGCACAUUCUCUGGGGAGGGAAUCUCCGCAGCAAAUUCCUCCUGAGUGAGAACAACGAGAUAUUCGAACACCACAUCAACGAUGUUGUAGCGGCGACUAAGUUUAAUGCCACGUUCCAGGAAGUACUGGCGCUCGACAGGGACAUCGGCAGCGUCCCCGUUGCGACGAUGAAGAUAUAUAUAAUGCCGUUAUCUGCUAUAGACGACAUGGGACCACCUUUUAGCGUCCAGUUCUGGAAAAACGCUCUCGGUGCUGUAAUUCCAAGCGUCAAGGAGACAUACGAUGUUCAACCCAUCGUCGCAACGGGAUUCGCCCAGAUAAAGCACACGUUGCUGGUGCUUCGUUCCGUACCACUGCGCAGGGUAAAAGCCUACUUGUCCAUAUAUGCGUUAGCCGCUGUCCUUGCCUUUCACUUCUCUGCGCGGUAUCGAAGCCUCUCGUUCGUGGAACAAACGCGGGUAUGCCUCGAAGCAACCAAGACUGCCCUCACGUUGCACUGGCAGACCAUUAUCAACGCGACGAUGCCUGGUACAAAAAGUCGGGACGAAGCAACAAAAAUAUUCAGUACCAUCAAAGAAUCACUCAGCUCGAAGCUACCCAAUUGGAUGGAUACGCGAACGCAAGCCAAAUCCAAGAUAAAACUACGUAACGUACGACUAAGGUUCUACAGGGACGACGUGGACAACACGCCUUUUGGUGACGUGCCGCCGCUGGAAGGCGACUUCGUCAAGGACUACUAUUCCCUUCUAGCAUGGUCUCGACGAUGGCAACUGAAAUUUCCUUCCAGCUCUGUACUGGACGAACAAGAAGAAGCAGAACUAACGGGCUCUCCCCUGUACUCGGACAAGCAUGAAUCCUUGUUUAUGCCAACGUACCUGCAGCAGAGGCCCAUCUUAUACUCCGGUUCCGUAGAGUUCUACUUCAAUUACGGGACGUUGGGUUCGCUCAUAGCAAAAGAACUAGCGGAAGCCAUCGGGCCCAAUGAGCACAACGUCAAGAUAUUGGGCGGCCACAAGAACUGGUGGACUUCAGCCUCGCGACAGCGGUUUGACGAUGCCAGCAAAUGCUACAAACCCUCAGUUCAAAGGGCGCAAGUCAAAGUUGACCAGGUACCGAAAUUUACGAACGACCUUGCGAACAGUUUGUUCGUCUGGUCACACGCGGCUCGCAUAGCCUAUGACAGCACGGUGAAGGAGCUGUCAACAACUAACUAUCGUCCCACACAUGCCAAAAGGAUUUUCUUCGUACGGUUUUGUCUCUUGUCGUGCGACAGCGUCGACGCCGGCGCUGCGAGGGAACGCUGCAUGGUGCCACUUAUGCACAUGCCAGAGUUCGCGGACGUCUUCAAUUGUCCCAAUAUUUCUACCAUGAGUCUACAACAGAGGUGUAGCUACCUUUAGUCGGUGAUGGCCGUUGGCAUUGAUGCAGACGGCUGAAUGAUAGUUUGUACCAAUAUGGUGAUAAGUGAUUACAAAGUCAUUAUUAUGAACAGUAUUAAAUGUGUGCUUAUA